UUCCAAUGGCUGUGUUUCCGGCGGCGGCGCGGGGGCAGCUGGGAAUACGGAAUGCUGCCCAAUGGCCCUGGGUCCUCGCUGUGGGGCAAUCUGGGCUUGCAGGCGAGGUAAGGUCGACUCCAUUUGGCCCGGGGAUGGUCACACGCGCGGGGGCCGGGACUGCGGUCGUCGGCGCGGCCGUUGUCGCAUUGCUCUCGGCCGCACUCGCGCUGUACGGGCCGCCACUGGACGCAGUUUUAGAAAGAGCGUUUUCGCUACAUAAAGCACAUUCGAUAAAGGAUAUGGAAAAUACUUUGCAGCUGGUGAGAAAUAUUAUACCUCCUCUGUCUUCCACAAAGCACAAAGGGCAAGAUGGAAGAAUAGGCGUAGUUGGAGGCUGUCAGGAGUACACUGGAGCCCCAUAUUUUGCAGCAAUCUCAGCUCUCAAAGUGGGCGCAGAUUUGUCCCACGUGUUCUGUGCCAGUGCGGCUGCACCUGUGAUUAAGGCCUACAGCCCGGAGCUGAUCGUCCACCCAGUUCUCGACAGCCCCAGUGCUGUUCACGAGGUGGAGAAAUGGCUCCCCCGGCUGCAUGCUCUUGUCGUAGGACCUGGCUUGGGUAGAGACGACGCGCUUCUCAGAAAUGUCCAGGGCAUUUUGGAAGCAUCCAAGGCCAGGGACAUCCCUGUUGUCAUCGACGCGGAUGGCCUGUGGCUGGUCGCUCAGCAGCCAGCCCUCAUCCAAGGCUACCGGAAGGCCGUGCUCACUCCCAACCACAUGGAGUUCAGCAGACUGUAUGACGCUGUGCUCAGAGGCCCUGUGGACAGCAGUGACAGCCAUGGAUCUGUGCUAAGACUCAGCCAAGCCCUGGGCAACGUGACGGUGGUCCAGAAAGGAGAGCGUGACAUCCUCUCCGAUGGCCAGCAGGUGCUCGUGUGCAGCCAGGAAGGCAGCAGCCGCAGGUGUGGAGGGCAAGGGGACCUCCUGUCGGGCUCCCUGGGCGUCCUGGUACACUGGGCACUCCUUGCUGGACCAGAGAAAACAAAUGGAGGCAUAUCAGACUUGAAAUUGACAGUUUGGGGUCCCGAGAUUGAAACAGGAGUCAAAACCAGAGCCCAGGGUAGCUGCGGCCCCCAGACCACGACGCCCACUUCCCCACACCUCCUGCCGUCCCCCUCUCCGCAGGUCCAGCCCUCUCCUGGUGGCCGCAUUUGGCGCCUGCUCUCUCACCAGGCAGUGCAACCACCAAGCCUUCCAGAAGCAUGGUCGCUCCACCACCACCUCCGACAUGAUCGCCGAGGUGGGGGCCGCCUUCAGCAAGCUCUUCGAAACCUGAGCCCACGCAGACCAGAAGUAAACAGGCACCUCGGAUGGAGGAGAGCGAGUGCUGGAAAAUCCGGACCCACGCGUGUGCUGAAGGCGCACGGUGCUUGCCAGAUUUUCAACUUGAGCAUAAAUUGGUUGCUGUUGAGAAUUUAAAAAUUUGGAAUAUUGCAGUUUUUGGCUAAACUUAAUGCGUGGUUGGAGACAUUAUGGCGACACUAAACAAAGUAUUCCUGAACUUUCCUUAGCUCCUUGGUAGUAACUGGGAAGACAGAAAUGAAGCAAAUCACAUGAGAAUGAAGAAUUCUUUAGCAGCUCAACGGAAUUUCUUUCUCGGCCUGCUCCCAAACUGGCGAAGUUUCUACUUGUUACUCUCUCUGCCGACGCCCUUCAUUUCUCCCCCGCUUCCCUCCCCUAGUCUUUCCUCCGGCAGGAAGCUGGGCACGGGUCCCCGGGUGUCUCCCUGAGUCCCGACUGCACUGACUGCAUUUCCUCUGACUGGCUCCAUCAGAGGGCUGCUUCGUUCUCCAGCUCAUCUUCUUUUAAAGUGGUGACUAGCUUGGUGGUAUCUGGCUGCUGGUAUUUGGCUUAUUGACAUCCUCCAGGGUAAUCGGUGAUGACUUUGUUUGGAAACCCUUUUGGAGGCACCAUGGGAACAGAAGGAAACAUGAGUGACGCUGACCCUUGAGUGUGUGGGCGGGGAGCUCUGAGAUGCCUCCUGUCCCAUGCUCUCCGGUGUCCAUGUCUACACAGGUCCCCAUGACACCCACCAGCCCCAGCAGGGCAGACCGGACCGGGGAGGGGCACGGUGAAGGGCUGCAGCCUGGGGUCUGAUGUGGCCCCUAGUGCUGUCUCAGGAGAAGGCUCUGGAGGACUUGGGGCAUGCUGGGUCUGGUGCAGCGAUGGCGCUAAGGAGACCCAGGGAAAGACAGUAUCGUGGUCAUGUAUGCUUAGGAAGCAGCACAGCCGUGUCCUCAGGGAUGUUCACGUCCAGCAAAGUCACUGGUAACUGCAGUUUCAGCAAACACGCUUCAUGGCAGUGUUGACCUCGGGUUAGCUUCUGUUGUCUGUGUGGAUGGUUUUCCUGGAGCGGCCUGACAUUGACCUGUUCUCUGGUCCCAUGUCUUAGCAGGGUGCGAUACGGUUUCGUGCCUGACGCGUGCAUUAGGGUGUUCUCUUAUGCUUUCAGUAGCGUCUUUCCACAGCAAGGGCCAAACCCUCCUGGUUCCCUUCAGAGUCUUUUUGGCCUGAUGAUGACUCUUGAGUGAUACCCUGUGAUGCAGACACGCCCCAGAGGGAUUCUACUUUCUUUAAAACUAGGAACUUUGAAGAUAAAAAAAAGAUUGUCACUACUAAUUUGAUGCCUAACUUCAGAUGCUUCACUGUCUACAUGUGAACUUUUCCAGAAAAACUGUGCCAUGGACAUUUUUCCUCUGGGGAAUUAAUUAACAUCUAAAUUCUGGUAACUAUUAAAAGACAGAUCUGGUUAAUUUAAA